AUGACGGGGCCGUCGAUCCAAGACCGCACAGUCGAGUUCAGUGCCAUCCUGGGACAGGCCCAGAAGCGACUCGGCACUUCGAAAGUCGGGUCACAGCGCCAGGCAUUACUGUCAGAUGCGCAACGACGAGAGGCCAAUGGGUCACUAAUCAGUGCGCAGGAUGCAAAGGGAGCGAGGUCCGAGUUUGCACGGAGGGCGAGAGAUAUUGGAAAGGGCAUUACCGGGACUACGGCCAAACUGCAGCGACUGGCUGAAUUGGCGAAGCGGAAAACCCUCUUUGACGACCGACCCGUCGAGAUCUCAGAAUUGACCUACGUGAUCAAGCAAGAUUUGGCUUCCUUGAACCAACAGAUCGCCGGAUUGCAGGCACUGACGCUGGCGCAACAUCCCAAGUCGAGUCGGUCGAAGAUGGACCAGGAAGGAGAGCACAAUGACAAUGUGGUCGUGAUGCUGCAAGGCAAACUGGCCGACGUGGGUGCCAGUUUCAAGGAAGUGCUCGAGGUCCGGACAAAGAACAUCCAAGCUUCUCGAACAAGGACGGAGAACUUUGUGUCGUCGGUGUCAUCCAAGUCGCAGAAUGCCCUAGACUCGCAGCGUUCGGAUUCGCCUUUGUAUAACACCUCGGGACGACGAACCCCUCAGCCAGGACACCAAGGAAAUUCGUCCGACCUAUUGACGCUUGACCCGUCCAACCCCUCCCCUCUGGGUCGUCCGUCCAUGCAAUCAGAUCAACAACUGCUGGUCAUGGAAGAGGCACAGUCGAGCAACUCUUACGUCCAGGCCCGCGGUGAAGCCAUUGACGCCAUCGAACGAACCAUUAGUGAACUGGGCGGGAUCUUCGGGCAGCUGGCACAGAUGGUCAGCGAGCAGUCUGAAAUGAUCCAGCGCAUCGACGCCAACACCGAGGACGUCGUGGAUAAUGUGCAAGGGGCCCAGCGUGAGCUCAUGAAGUACUGGACUCGAGUGUCGGGUAAUCGGUGGCUGAUUGCCAAGAUGUUUGGCAUUCUGAUGAUUUUCUUCCUUCUCUGGGUCCUGAUUUCGUGA